CGUCAACCGCCAUCGUUCUGCCAUUGCCAUAAACCCUAAACCCAAACAAGCCGUUAUUCAUUCUGCCGCGUCUCCACCACACACACUCACUGCGAUGGAGGGCGACGCCAUUGCCAUGGACUCAACGGAGUUAAAGGUCACGGAGCUAUUGAAAGAGGUCCACGUAGACUACUCUCCUCACUUCUGCAAGCACGUCGAUGACACCGUCUCCGCCAUUAAGACAUCCAUCGACAAAAUCCCCAACGACUUCAAGGUAACUGCGGAUUUAGCAUCGCGUUUCGUCACGGACAUUGGCGCCGAUAAGGUCGAAUUCAAGUUUAAGAAGCCAGCGUUUGUUAAGAUUGGUGGAAGUUACUCCAUACAGAGUCUUGCGAAGCCUGAAGUCAAUGUCGAUCUUAUUAUCAGGUUACCGAAGGAAUGCUUCCAUGAGAAGGAUUAUUUAAAUUACAGAUACCAUGCCAAGAGGUGUCUCUAUCUGUGCUUGAUGAAAAAGUAUUUGGAGAAGUCUAAAUCUAUUGGUAUGGUUGAAUGGUCCACUCUGCAGAAUGAAGCCAGAAAACCCUUGCUCAUUGUUCAUCCAGCUGAAAAGCUUGUUGAAGCUCCUGGUUUUUUCGUAAGGAUUAUUCCGUCGGCUAAGGCUAUAUUUAACACAGCGAAGUUGAACAUGAAGCGCAACAACAUUCAUAAUUUGAGUAAUGGGACUGCUCUUCAGGCUACGCCGAAGUACAAUUCUAGUAUUCUGGAAGACAUGUUUAUAGAGGAUUUGGAAUUCAUCAACAAAUAUUUUAUUGGAUGGAAGGAAAUAAGAGAGGCUUUAAUCCUGCUUAAGGUUUGGGCUCGGCAAAGAAGUUCGAUAUACGUUCACGAUUGCCUGAAUGGGUUUUUGAUUUCUGUCGUACUAGCUUAUCUUGCUUCUAAGCAACAUAUCAGCAAUUCAAUGAAGGCAACUGAAAUAAUUCGUAUCACCUUGAACUUCAUUGCCACCUCAGAGUCGUGGAGCCGAGGACUCUACUUUCCAAAGGAAGGCCAGAUCAACAUUACAAAAGAGCAAAAGAUGCAACUUAAAGAGUCAUUUCCAGUUGUCAUAUGUCAUCCAUCUGGAGGAUGCAAUUUGGCUUUUCGAAUGUCUAGGAUUGGUUUUACUCGGCUUCGAGGUGAGGCUGCUUUGACUCUUAGGUGCAUGGAAAAGUGUAGAGAUGGUGGAUUUGAGGAAGUUUUUAUGACCAAGAUUGACUAUGCUGUUAAAUAUGACUAUUGUAUGAGAAUAAAUUUGAAGGGAAAGAAGGAGGUAUUUUCAUCAGGAUUUUGUUUGGAUGAUGAGUGCUGGAGAUCAUAUGAGGAUAAAGUACAUAGUAUUUUAUCUAAAGGGUUGAAUGAUAGAGCAAAUUCCAUUCAAGUUACAUGGAGAAAUACACAAUGCCAGUGGAGUGUGCACGAUGGGUUGUCGGUACUUGAUAAAGAGCCACUGUUCAUAGGAAUUUCAGUGAGUACUUUGGAGAAAGCAUUUAGGAUGGUUGAUAUUGGCCCAAAUGCUGAAAGUAAAGAAGAGGCUCUUGAAUUCCGGAAGUUUUGGGGAGAAAAAGCAGAGCUUAGAAGAUUUAAAGAUGGUAGAAUUGCAGAAAGCACAGUGUGGGAAAGUGAGCAAUGGGCAAGGCAUCUUGUUUUAAAAAGAAUAGCUGAGCAUGUACUUAGUCGGCAUCUUUCUCUAUCCAAGGAAAAUAUUGUAGUUGUCGUGGAUCAACUUGAUUUCUCUUUGCUUCAUGGUGCUGGAGAUCCUAUAUCAUACUCUGGAAGUUUGCUUGGGUCAUUUGAUGUUUUAUCGAAGCGUUUGCGUCUUAUUGAAGAUCUCCCUUUGAAGGUGUCCAGUGUACAGCCUUUAGACUCUGCUUUCAGGUUUACAUCAGUCUUCCCUCCUGAGCCUCAUCUUCUAGCUAAUGAAAAAGUUGAGUCUCUCAGAAUGAAUAAGGUAGUUCCAUCCUGCAUUCAACCACUGGAAGUUAUGAUUCAGCUAGAAGGUUCCGGGAACUGGCCAAUGGAUGAAAUUGCAAUUGAGAAAACAAAAUCUAGUUUCCUUAUUCAAAUUGCAGUGAGUCUUCAAAAGACGUGGGGAAUGACAUGUGCUGCCACCGAGGAUAAUGUGGAUGUCUUAAUGUCUGGAUAUGCAUUUCGUCUAAAAAUUUUGCAUGAGAAGGGCCUUAAUUUGCUCCAAAAGGAAAGUGGGAAUGAUCAAGCUAAGCGGGUUCCAUCUAUUGACAAGAAACUUUUUAUCCAUAGUCAGCAUGCUAACAUGAUCAAUGGAUUACAAAGUCGUUAUCCAAUAUUUGGACCAGUAGUUAGACUUGCAAAACGAUGGGCUGCUUCACAUCUAUUUUCAGCUUGCUUGGCAGAGGAGGCUGUUGAGCUAUUGGUUGCUCAUCUUUUUCUUAAUCCUUUGCCAUUUGAUGUUCCCUGCUCACGGAUCACUGGGUUUUUAAGGUUCCUGCGGCUACUCUCACACUAUGACUGGACGUUCUCUCCACUGGUUGUUGACAUAAAUAAUGACUUGAGCCAAAGUGAUGAGAAAGAAAUAAAUGACAACUUUUUACUAAGAAGAAAAGGUGAAGGAGAGAAUGGACAAAGUGUAGGACCAGUGAUGUUCUUAGCUACAGUUUAUGACAAAGAAUCCGAGGCUUGGACUGGAUUAUCCCCUAGUGGAAUGGAACUUAAAAGGUUAGUUGCAUAUGCCCGAAGCAGUGCCAAUUUGCUGACAAAACUCACAUUUCAGGAAGAGAUUGGUCCAUAUAGAUGGGAGUGUCUUUUUAGAACUCCUUUAAACAAUUACGAUGCAGUCAUUAUUCUCCACAAGGAAAAACUCCUGUAUCCCCAAAGGCUUCUCUUCACAUCAGAAGUUGAUCAUGGAACACGUGUUGCAGAAGGACAAGCCAGCAAGUGUUUCCAACCCUUUUUGUUGCCUAAAGAUUUGAAGGGCAGGCCAGAGGAACUUAAAACUAAGUUGCUGGUAGAUUUUGAUCCAUCAAAGUGCUUUAUCAGACAUUUAAAGCAAGAGUUCUCAACCACAUUCCAAGUAUGGCAUGAUUAUCUGGGAGGUGAUGUUAUUGGCCUUACAUGGGGGGAACUACCUUCUUCCAAGAAGCGGAAGCUCGAGGAAGUAGUUGAGGAGGAAGAAUACAACCCUUCCAAGGUGUUAAAAGCGGUGGGGGAACUUGGGAAAGGGUUUGUGAGGAGUAUAUACUUUCUCAAGCCCCCAAGGGCCAAGGCUCAUGAAUUAAUAUAGUUUUGGUCCUCUUAUCAAUAUGUAUAUUGAGAGAAUUUUGCCCCUGUAACUUUCUAAUUUUAUCAAUUAGAAAAUUAACUUUAAUUGGCAUGGAGGAAUCAGUCCAAUGUAGUAGAGCACGAGUGUACCACUUGUUGAGGGAAAAAAGAGAGUUACUGUAGAUUGAUUUAUGUAUAUUCUUCCUUAUACAUUUUUCUCUUCCACCGCCACAUCUGGGCAGCUCAACAAGGAUGAAAAAAGAGCUUCCGAUUCUUAUUGGUAAAGAAGCUGAUAAUAUGGCAUAAUAUUAUACAUGAUAUAUUUCAA